CAAGGGGAAGACAACAAUAGCCCCGAAUGCAGCGAACCAGGAACCAUGGAUCUGAAAUUCACUUCAUCGAGAAAAUACAUUUCUAUCAGUGUACCUUCCAAAUCACAAGCUAUGUCUCCCCAUAUCAAAUCAGUAGAUGAUGUUGUAGUUCUUGGCAUGAAUCUCAGCAAAUUUAGCAAACCUACUCAAUUUUUCAUCUGUGUUUCUGGAGUUUUUAUGUUUUAUCUAAUCUAUGGAUAUUUACAGGAAUUGAUAUUUUCAGUGGAAGGUUUUAAACCUUUUGGUUGGUACCUCACUUUAGUGCAAUUUGGAUUUUAUUCCAUUUUUGGACUAAUAGAAUUGCAGUUGAUUCAGGACAAAAGAAGAAGAAUUCCUGGCAAAACCUACAUGAUAAUAGCAUUUUUGACAGUGGGAACUAUGGGCUUGUCAAAUACCUCUUUAGGAUAUCUGAAUUAUCCUACUCAAGUCAUCUUCAAGUGCUGUAAGCUGAUUCCAGUUAUGAUAGGUGGGGUUUUUAUACAAGGAAAGCGUUACAAUAUUGUAGAUGUGUCUGCUGCCCUAUGUAUGAGCCUUGGAUUAAUAUGGUUUACUUUAGCUGACAGCACAGUUGCACCAAACUUCAACUUGACAGGUGUGAUCCUAAUAUCCCUUGCCCUCUGCGCUGAUGCCGUUAUAGGAAAUGUACAGGAAAAAGCUAUGAAGUUGCACAAUGGUUCUAAUUCAGAAAUGGUUUUGUAUUCCUAUUCAAUAGGUUUUGUGUAUAUUUUAUUUGGAUUAACAUGCACUAGUGGAUUAAGCCCUGCAGUAACAUUUUGCUCAAAGCAUCCAGUUCAGACUUAUGGUUAUGCAUUCCUUUUCUCCCUGACUGGGUAUUUUGGAAUAUCCUUUGUUCUAGCUUUGAUUAAAAUCUUUGGUGCCCUUCUCGCUGUAACAGUAACAACAGGAAGAAAAGCAAUGACCAUUGUGCUUUCUUUUUUGUUCUUUGCAAAGCCAUUCACGUUACAGUACGUGUGGUCAGGCUUACUGGUUGUCCUUGGUAUAUUUCUUAAUGUUUACAGUAAGAAUAUGGACAAAAUCAAACUGCCUUCACUGCUUGGUCUUUGGAAAAAAAGUGUGGAAGAAAGAAAAUCAAGGACGUUGUCACAAACUGUAUAGGCAACGGCUCAUGCCUUGUCUAGACUUUGACUUACUAUUUUAUUGGAACAGUCUUCAACUGAUUCACUUUCCAAAGGGAAUGUUAUUAAAACCAAAGGAGCUGAAGGCAUCUUGUCUGCUUGCAGAUUGCUAUAAAUGCACACUUUUGUGAGCCCUUUCUUCAGAGCACUUGAAUUAUCACAAACAGUUGUUGUAGGCCAUUGUCAGAUGUUUUUAUCAGCAAUGAAGGACAGCAGCUCCUGGCAAACUGCUGAGAAGCUGCACUCAAGUGGGACAAUAGAAGACUAGUCUGGGCAUUUUAAUAAUAUUGGUCAUGUGGCUGAUUUGAGAUUAGUAGUUCUUUGUUAAUUGUCUAGGUGGGGUAGCUUAAAUGUAAUACUGUAUUAAUCACCAACUGGUUGACCAAAU